AGAUGAUUGUAUUAUAAUGGCGAGACCAGCUUGGAGUGAGCGAGGUGUGAAGAAAGGGGCGUGGACCCCCGAAGAAGAUAUCAUGUUGGUCUCUCAUGUUCAGCAACAUGGCCCUGGCAACUGGAAAGCUGUUCCCAAAAACACAGGUUUGGUUAGAUGUAGUAAGAGUUGCAGGCUUAGAUGGAGUAAUUACCUAAGACCAGGAAUCAAAAGAGGCCAUUUCACGGAGAAAGAAGAGAAGGUGAUCGUCCAUCUCCAAGCCCUCUUCGGCAACAGAUGGGCGGCAAUAGCAUCAUACCUCCCACAGAGGACAGACAACGACGUAAAAAACUAUUGGAACACCCAUUUGAAGAAGAAGCUGAUGAAAAGGGUUGGAUCCGAAUCCAUGAAAACCGGGUUUUCUUCAUCGAAUUCGCCAUCGUUGUCCUCGGGUUCGAUCUCCAGAGACAAAUGGGAGAGAAAACUACAAAGCGGCAUCGAAAAGGCCAAGCAUGAUCUUCAAGAGGCGUUACUAUCCGCCGGAAAACAAUCCCUUAUGGUUGAUCUGAGGCCAAAGACAAGCGCUUACGCCUCAAGCCUGGAGAAUAUAGCCAGGCUGCUCAAAGGGUGGCUCGAGAAAUCUCCUGAAACGAAAACCAAAGAUAGAGAUGGAGAGUUUGUAGGGUCUGAGAGCUUUGAUUCUUCCCCUGGUGAAGCCAAGAGCUGCGACCGAACGCCGUUAUCUGAGAUCGAGAAAUGGUUGCUUGAUGAUGCUGACACUACACAGUUGAAAAACUGUGAAAUCGAGGGUUUCUCUCUGGGAGGAGAUGCAGAUAUUUUGCUACUAGGACAGAACUGAACUGAUCUCCGUUUGAACUAAGAGUUAUGUUUUGGUUGAGUUGUUAUGAUCGGCCGGAAUUCCGAUAUGAAACAGAUUCUUUAAUUUGUUCUUCAAGAUCAA